AUGCCAGUCGUUUCAAUUGAACGUUUGAAAUCUGAUAUACUGAAAAACGGCAUGGUUUCAGUAGGUGAAUAUCAAAUGUCAUUAGAUGAACAUUGGGAAUAUCCUCGACAAAAUUUACGCUUGGGGGAAACUUUGGGUGAAGGAGAAUUUGGGAAAGUAGUGCAAGCCGAGGCGAAGGAUAUUUGGAAACAUGGAAAUGACCUUGUAACAGUGGCCGUGAAAAUGCUCAAGGAUGAUCACAUGGACUCAGACAUGAUAGACUUGGUAUCUGAAAUGGAAUUGAUGAAAUUACUUGGAAGUCACCAGAACAUCCUUCAACUUCUCGGCUGCUGCAGCCAAGGAGGACCAUUGCUUGUAAUUACAGAAUUUGCUCGAAAUGGAAACCUCAAGAAUUUUCUUCGAAAACAUCAUCACCAAUCCAUGAAAAUAGAAGAAAGUACACUCUUGACUUAUGCUCGUCAAAUUGCGCAAGGAAUGGUUUAUCUGUCUUCAAUAAAAUGUAUUCACCGAGAUUUGGCGGCUCGCAAUAUCCUUGUAACAGCUCAAUACACGAUGAAAAUAGCCGAUUUUGGCCUCGCCAGAGAUGUGAGACAUACAGAAUACUACAAGAAGACAUCAAAGGGUCGACUACCCAUAAAAUGGAUGGCACCAGAAGCUUUAUUUCAUAACCGAUACACAACGCAAUCUGACGUCUGGUCUUUCGGCAUAUUGCUUUGGGAGAUUUUAACGCUGGGUGAUGAUCCGUACCCUUCAAUCGAGGAUCUUGCUGGGCUACGUAACGCUUUGAAGCAAAAUUAUCGAAUGGAAAAGCCCGCAAAUGCAUCUACAAACGUAUACAAUCUGAUGGUGGAUUGCUGGAGUUUUGAACCGAAAGAUCGUCCAAAUUUCUUAUCAAUAGUAGAACGCCUAAAAGAAUUAGUGACUGAUGCUAGGCCUAAGGUAUAUAAAAAAUUAUUUGUUUGA